CUAAGCUAUAGUUAAUACAAUUGUUAGAACGUAAGAGCUAACAUGGCCAUAACCAAACGCUGCUUAGCAAUUUUUUUGCUGUUAUGCGCAGGCGUAAAAUGCGAUUCAAACACAGGCACGGGCACAGGCACAGGCACAGGCACAGGCACGGGCACUAGCAGUAUGCCAGCUCCAACCGCUGAGGAUCAAGAAAAAGACAAAUCAAUAGUUAAAGAAAUUAAUGCGCUGCUGGCAGCUAAUAAAACUGGACACUAUGUGGGCAAUAGGGAAUUCGAGCAGCAGUUUUAUGUUUUGAAGCAUGCGGUUGAUCUUGACGCGAAGGAUUGGAAAGUAAAGCGACAUGCAUAUGAUAAAUUUAAUGAUUAUAAUGCAAACAGAUUGAAGCUGGAGAGCGAAUUGGAUGCAAGAAUUGCUGCUGUUGAGAAAAGCUUGAGCGGCAAACUGCCGAGCAAGUGUCGCAAGUUUUAUAACAAUCAAUUUGUCGAACUGAAAAGCGCACGCAGCGAGUCCAAUGAACUAAAGCGUUACAAAUUGAAGCAGCAUAGCGUGCUCUGUGCCAAAAGCUCUGAAGAAGAAUCUGAAAGUGAUGAGGAUACUAAUGAAGUUGACGACUUAUUCUGGUGGUGGCCAUUCGGUAGAUUAAAUGCUACAUUAUUUUGUUAGUAGCAGUGCAAUCAAUUGUCAAGCUUAAUAAAUGCAAUUAGCUACGCUUAAAGUAAGCGCGCAG